AUGCCGCAGAUCAAGAACGAACUGGGUAUCUCUCCUACGCCGAGUCCCGCCACGGGACCCAGAGAGAAGACUCACCUCACCCGGUACCAGCCCGCUUUCCCUGUCGAGCUGCAUGUUCAGAUUCUAGAAACCGGGUCGAAUGCAUAUUGCGUGACACCAAAAAAAAAAUUACCAAACACCGCUGCUCGCGUACACUUCCUGUACACCCAGAUACAUAGAUCGCUUCUCGGCCCCCCCGAACCAUCUUGA